AUAUCAUAAUGAAUUCUGUUCUGAAAUAUUUUGAUGUUUAUAUUUUAGUCAUUUAAUAUAGAAGUGCCAGAGCCAUUUUCCAGUAUGAUGACAAGAGCAGAGAAGGAAAAGUGGAAGCGCAUCAGAAACACGCUGACUCCAGCAUUUAGUGGUCUUAAGAUGAAGCAGAUGAUGCCUUUAAUGAAUUCCUGUUGUGACACUUUGAUGCGAAAGCUUAGCAAGGUUGCAGACAAGGAACAAAGUGUUGACAUGUUUAAGUUUCAUCAAGCUCUUACAAUGGAUGUAAUAAUUUCAGCAGCAUUUGGCAUUGAGGCAAACCCUCAAGAGAAUCCUGAUGAUCCGGUUGCCAUGGCAGCUCGUAAUUCCAUGAAUAGAAGCACAUUUGAGAGGAUUUUGCUGAAUGUCCUUUCAGUUAUGCCAUUUGGAACUAAAAUAAUUUCAAUGUUCCCAAACUUUUUGAUGGCAAAUAGUAUGCCAUUACUUAAGAUUGCUGAAGAAAUGGUGAACAUAAAGAGAGCAGGAAAGGCAAAUUUGUCUAGAAAGGUAAUUUUGUAUCGUUAUUAUUAAUAGUUAAUCUCAGGGCUCAAAUAAAGUGCUGCCCAGUCAUUCAGGACAAGUAGAUUUUCCUGCCGUUUAUUUUCACUUGCCCAAUGGGCAAUGGCCCCAGCAAUUUGUCUACCAACUAAGUAAAAAAAAGUAAAUGAAGACUUACAUAGGGCACGCAAAAUUUGAGAGCUACACUGACUGUACUUGUCUGAAGGGCAGGCUGGAGUUCAAGUAUUGUUUUAGCCCUGUAUUCUUAAGUAGAUAUAUGGUGUAUAUUUUUAUUUUUCUUUAAUCCAAGGCAGCUUAAGAAGGUUAUGCAAUUUGUUUAAAAGUUUACCAACUAAUAUUAAUGUGGAUGCAUAUAUUGCCAGCUUCAAGCAAAGAACCCAGAAAAGUUAUCAACUUGGUUAAAUCUGCUUUAAAUAGGUGGAAACAAAACAAGAAUUUUUAACACUGAGGAUCAGAACAUGAUCACUCUGCAAAGGGUUUAAGUCCUUAAAAUUUUUUUACCUAUGUAUAUAGACCAGAUUUCAUGUAUAGUUACAUGUAGACAUUUUCUAGCAGACACCUACAUGUACAUAGAAUGCGCAGCCCUUUUUAUUGCCAUGUCAGGUUAACUUGCUGUAAU